AUUUUAAUGUCAUACCAUACUUUUUAGACUUUUUUUGUUAAAAUCUGUAGUACAAAAAUGUCAUACACAAAUUUCUUUUACAACAACAUGCUGGCCAAAGCAUUGGUGCAGCUUUUACCAACACAUGAGAAACCAUCAAUCAGAGCCUGGUUCACCAGAAUCCAAGAAUUAACCAAAACCGAUAAGGAACUGGAAAUGCGCGACGAAUACAUGUUUUUCAUGCUAAUGAUGCUCCAAUGUCAAAAAAUCCGCGAACCUUUCAAUCGGCAACCUCCAGCCGAAAUUGAACCUUUAAGAGACCUGGUUGAUCCGAAAAUUUACGAAGAAAUCCUUGUGGCUAACGGCGAUAACAUGGCAUGGCUGGACAAGUCGACUCUGGAUGAUACUACAAAAGAGGCGGAUAAAUAUAAAGCCUCAGCACCCUCGAAGUUUUACAACAACCAGCCCGUACCUUUUGAGGGGGUUAUUUGUUAUAUUGCAGCUUUUAGCGACCAAAGAUAUCCGUGAAAUGAAUGAAUGCAUUGCGUGUAAACAAAAAGUUCAAUUUAAAUGCAUAGUUCAAACCGAUUUGAUUUUUUACGUAAAUUAAUAUAGAUAAGGAUUUAUUUAUACGUUUUGUUAUAAAUAAAAGUUGUUAUUAAAUA